AACGCAAUACAUCAGAACGGUUGACAAUUUAAUAGCGUCGAGACUGAGCCUGAAACUGCAAUUGCAUGCAGCACAUUUUGCUGCUGCCAUUAAUACCCAGCACUUGAUGAAUCACCUGGGCGGCAGUCAGGGUGCUAUCGGUGUACCCUAUAAUACCCAUAAUGUUGGCGUUGGCGCUGGCGUUGUUGGCAAUGGCGGUUUGGUUUUGCGAUGCACAGCACAAAUUGGUGAUUUGUAUCAGGAGUACAAGGAAAUCGAAUUGGGCACACCGCAAAAGGAUCCGGUGCCAGCUAGAGUGACAUUGUCAUCCGGCUCCAGUCUACGUAAUUUCUUCGAGACAUACUUCGCCUCGGCCACCUCCUCCGCAGCGGCAAGCGCAUUAUCGCCGAACAGCAUAGCGCGUCCAUUGAAAUUGACAGUAUUGGCAGCUGCUGUAUGGCGCUCACGAGCGAUACUCCUCGCCAUGGCAGCCGGUGGAGUUGCUAUUUACAACACAUUAAGGUUAAAGCAAGCCGCCAUCACCAGCAGAUAGUUCAAUCGCUCCAAAUCGAACACAUUUAUGCAAUGAAAAUAAUGGAUGAGUCUGAGGAUGAGUCGACGGCUGCAGUGGAUGCUGUGGAUGAAUGCCAAUGGCAGUGGCGCGUGAGAGGUUAGUUGGUUGGAUGGCUCACUGCAAUGCAUUGAAUGGCGUGUGCACAUACAGCUGAGCCAGAAUAAAGAAAAACAAAAGGAUGGAGCAUAAUUAUAGGCGUUGCAACAAAAGCUUUUAAUUGCAAGGGACGACACGAAGCAGCAAAAGAGCAGGAAAAAAGGGCAAGCAAGAGAUAGUGAAAAUACGAUAUUUUAAGUCAGUUUACUUAAGAGAUGAGUUAUACGCGUACACGCAUACAUACGCACAUACAUACAUACACACACACAUGCAAAGUACUACAUGUUAAUUAAGUUAAUUAGGAAGAGCUUAAGAAUUGCGCUGCUGUUGAAAUGAAAAACAAACAAGUACGCGGAGCAAAAAGUGAAUAACUUUUUAAGCAAAUAAUUCGAGGAUACAAUAUUUGCAUGUUUGUAAUUGAAUAUUGUUAUAUAAUUAUGUUUUACAACUACAAAGUUAAUUAAGCAUAAGUUACAAAGAAAAAACCAUGCAUUUAGCAAUUAAUAAAAGAACAAAGCGAAAAAGCGCAAAUUUAAGUGGAUAUGAAAAUAAAAAUGAAAAAAAAAUCACACAAAUAAAUAUAAAAAAAUAUUUUAGGUGUUAAUUAUUGUGGAAGAAUUGAUAAUAAAUAAAUAUUUGUAAAUAAUAAAUGCACACGCAUUCUAAUGGAUAAGUAAACAAAUGCAAACACACGCCAACACAAGCGCACGCAUACAUGCCCACACACGUUCAUACAACCGGAAGCUUCUACAUUAGUUAGGCUGCUACUCAGCAGGCUUUUGUACGCUGAUUAUUCUUAAGUUUUACGCAAGCAAUGCUGGCCAGUUUUCUAGGCGCUUCACAGCUGAUAUUUUUUAUUCUCAAAAAGACUUUGAUUCCAAAUAUUUUAAAGAUAGUGGACUUUUUAUUAUAGGCAAUAAAGUAGGAGAAAAACAAAAAAAAAUAUUGGUUAAAUUUUAGUUAUAAUUACGGGAAUGAAAAACUAAAAAAUGUUCAU